AUCAAAGCACCACUUCCUAAUAUUAGGCCGUUCCAGAUUUUGACUUUUGUUGUGUAAGGUAACUGCGGAAACCGAUCCAACGACAUUGCAACGGUCGGAGUCGGAUGCGAUGGAGGAAGUUUGGACUAGUCACCCGACUAAUGUCGCUACGUUUAGUAUUGAACUGGAGACCGGUAUGACUCCCAACAACGCCCUCCAUCUCGUAUGGGACAAUCACCUGGAAAACGUCAGCAACUUAUUUCAAGUCCUGUACCAAGACAACAAGCUAGUGGACGUAACGAUCGCGUGUCGCGACGGUCUCCUACGCGCCCACAAGCUCGUCCUAUCCGCGUGCAGUCCGUAUUUUGAACGAAUCUUCAAUGACAAUCCGUGCAAGCAUCCAGUGGUCAUCAUGCGCGGUGUGCAGUAUAACGAAAUGCAGAUGAUUCUCGAUUAUAUCUACAAGGGCUUCAUCGAUAUUCCGGCGAGCUCACUGAACAACCUAAUCUGCGUCGCUUCCGAGCUCGAAAUUAAGGGUUUCGAAAAUUUCCAAAAUAACGGAUACGACAAUCUUCCAUCGAACAGUCCGACGGAGCAGUUCACCAGGUACAAUAGCGAAGUUUCAAUAGCCACCAAGCGGGUAACCUCCAAAGACGAGGUCAAACAGACGUCCGCUUCGAUUUCGAACGCGCGAUUUAGUGACAAAAAGCCGAAUUUGCAAAAGUCGAGUAAUUUCAAUGACACCAGAAAUUAUGUGAAGCUCAACGGAAAUGGUGGUGAGUCGAGAACUUCCUUAAAAAUUGUCAGUGCAGAUAGUGCUCCAAAAGAGAGGCUUCCAUUAUUACAAGAAGAUAACCAAUGGUUUGAAACAGACGAUUCUCUAUUAUACGAUGAUAAAUCAUCUGAUGAAAGUGAUUGUGACUAUGUCCCGAAUAGGUCGUCUAGUGAUGGCGGACUACGUAAGUCGGCGCUAAUUUGCAGAAUCUGCUUCUACAAAUGCAAGUCCAAAAAGGAUCUAGUGUUCCAUCAGAAAACCCACAUCAUAACGGGGAAACCCCACAAAUGCGACUUUUGCCCCAGCAGGUCCUUCAGCCGUUCCUCCCACUUGGCGAGACAUCGACGCAUGCACACUGGCGAGAGACCGUUCGGCUGCAUGAGUUGUAACAAAAGCUUCGCGCGUCAAGACAAACUAAAGCAACACAUUCGAGCCAGUCACGAUCCAGACGGCUGCAGCUACGACUUUAUGCCACUGGAGCCGGUGUCGAUAAUAGCAACAAACGUACAACCAGUCAAUGCGCUUCCCCAAAUUGCCAAAGUUGAGUCUCGUUCGGACGAUGAACUGAGAAAGACUCCGUCGUAUCGCACUCUCGCGCUCCGACAGAUACAGCCAAAACCGGAAAUUAUAAAAAGGGUAUCGCCACAGGAAAAGUUUCGCGACGAGAUCGGCCAGCCGUCAGAUUUACUUACUGAGAAGCGACGCCGCGGUAGGCCACGAAAGCGUCCGAUUACAGAGAUUCCGGUCGUCUUCGGGCCUAAAAGGAAAAGAGGGAGGCCGCGGAAGGUUCCUAUUGUAACAGAAGAAACACCAAGUGUUCCAAAAAUUAAGGAAGAAUGCGCAUCGCCUACACCGCCCGAGGAAAUAGAAAGCGUCGAUAUACCAGAGAAAGAUCAGUACUCGUUACACAACGAACACACCGAGCAUAUAAUGAUAGAGCCGCUCAUCGAGCUUAACUCCGGAAUGCAACUGGCAAGCGACGAUAACGCCGUCGAUAGUUUAAGCAUAAUGCCGGCGAACUUAGAAACGUCGUGCAAACCCAUUUUGUUAUCAAAGGAUGUUACCAUCGAACCGAUCGAUUCCAGUUUAAUGGCGAAAAUUGAACAGAUCAGUCCUUAAUUCGUGUUCGUGAUUAGUUUCUUUGUCAAAGUUCCUUUGUUGCAAUUUAAGAUUUACGCAAAAAGAAAAGACUGUUAGUCCUUGAAACUGGAAGUCACUUGGUCAAAGUAUAAUUUAGUAUUUGCACUUACUUCAAAAUCGUUCCCAGGCGUUCUUUUUAAAUGAAUAAAUCUCUAUGUGAUACAGUUAAUUAAUCACUACUCUAGUCAAAUUAGAUGUUUGUAAGGAGAUCUUGACAGUCUCAUAUUCCCUGAACAUUUCUUUCCAAAUAUGCAUGCUGCAAUGAUUUCUAAUUUGACUGGAAAAAGUUUACAUUUCAACAAUUUGACUUAUAUAUUGUGUACAGUAAUUAGGUGGUAAUUAGAUAGUUUGCUAUUCGAAUUCAAUCCAGAAUUUAUUUUCCAUAUUGCAUCGAUUUAGAUAGUUGAAUUUGAACAGCCAUAUAUAUCAUAGUUUUAGAACUGAUAAUUAAUAUAAUGUGAUGUUA